AUGACCGACUCUUCAGGCGAUGGCAUAAGCCAGGAUAAAGGCCCUACCAUCCUCAGCAUAAUCUGGGUCUUGACAGCCAUUUCUUCCGUCUUCGUCCUCGCCAGAUUGUUUGUCCGAAUCUAUGUCUUGCAAAAAACAGGAUUGGAUGAUAUCUUGAUCAGCGCGUCGAUGAUCAUCGAGUACAUAUAUGCCUCGAUUGUAACUGUCUCAAUCCAUGCCGGGUACGGAAGACAUGCCUCGACCCUUGAACCACAUGAGCUGGAACGGGCCAAGUUCUUCAACGCUGUGGCGUUUGCACCUGGAAUCUUGUCAUUCUGUUUACCCAAGUUAGCGGUCGUGGCACUCCUCGUCCGAAUCAUGAAUCCUAGUCGAUCACAGCGCAUCUUCAUGUGGACCCUAGUGUGUGGAACUGGGCUGGCGGCACUUUGCUGCGUGGUGAUCCUAUUUGCACAGUGUCACCCUACCAGGGCCUUGUGGGUGGAUGGUAUCCAGGGCGCAAAGUGCUGGAACGCGUCUAUCCUGGUGGAAUACUCGAUUGCGGUAGGAUGCCUUUCGGCAGCCGUGGACCUAUACCUUGCGAUCUAUCCUAUUCUGAUCUUAGUAAAACUCCACAUGCACCGAAAAAAGAAGAUCGGACUCAGCAUCGCUAUGGGCCUUGGGGUAUUUGCCUGUGUUAUGGCCAUUGUGAAAUGUUCACGGCUGCCAUCCCUGUACAACCGUUCGGAUACUACCUAUGCAAGCGCUGAUGUCUUUAUCUGGACCGAUAUCGAGUCGAAUACUAUCAUCAUCGCAGCGUGUAUUCCCACCCUUGCGCCAUUGAUCGAACUACUUCUCGGCAAGCGAGCCCUUGGCAGCACCGAUCCGUACACACCGGUCUCCAACGAGAGAAGUAACCGAAACGGCUCUAAUAAAAAGGAUGGAUCGAAAGUCGAGUUGUCCAGUCGGCUGAAGAACCGAAAGGAUAGCCUAGGCGACGAUGAAGCGACACUGACUAUCCAGAGACAGGACGACGUGAUUGUCCAGUAUGAGCAGAGACAUAAUCUGUCAAGAGAGGCAUGGUAA